AUGGAAGAGGACUGUCAACAGCGACAGCAGUCAAAUGCCAAAAAGUCGGAAAUGAGUCGAAAGAGCACCACAGUACGCUCUGAAAGGCAGUCAACCAGCAAGCAAAAUAGUCAACCUCCUACGAGCCCAAUGUCACGAAAGUCCUCCUCCGCCGCCAGCAGUGAUUUGGACUCCAAAAGGUCCUCCAAGCUACGGCUCGAGCCAAAAUCGGACAGCAACAGUCGAAAGAGCAUCGCGGUACGCUCUGAAGAGCAAACAGCUAACCAGCAAAAUAAUCAACCUCCUACAAGCCCAAUGUCCCGAAAAUCCUCCUCCGCCGCCGCCAGCAGUGAUGCGGGGUCCAGAAAGUCCUCCUCCAAACAGCCUCCAGCCUCCACUGCUAGCACUGAUGCCGUGUCCAGAAAGUCCUCCUCCAAACAGCUUCCGGCCUCCACUGCCAGCAGUGAUGCGGGCUCCAAAAUGUCCUCCUCCAAACAACUUCCAGACCGCGACGAAUUCAAUCAGCUACGGCGCAACAUCAAGGAACUGGCGGCGGAAUUUGAAACGGAGAGCAAGCAAAUCAAGAGUAUGCUGCAGGAGUCGUUGGGUAUGAGCGAGCAAGGCCAGGCG